UCCGAAGAGAGGAAGAAAAAGAAAAGAGUAGAGCUUUUUUUUAUUUAGGAAGGAGGAACACAACACCACACUUGUGCGCAAAACUUUCACAGUGUCCGACGAUCUCAAAGCCCAAAUAUCAAAGUUCCUCUCUUUUUUUCUUUCUCUCUCUCUCUCCCCAAAAUUCGUAGCUUUUUUUGCAUUUUGCUUCUGCAUUCGGCUUUGGAUUUCAUAAAGUGUUCAGAUUUAAGAGUGUAUCUCACUCAAUCUCUCUGAUAAGAGAGCUUCACGCCACAAGGAACCGACCCAGAGAGUUAAAAAGAAAGAAUUUUUAAUGCGAAAUCGUUUCUAGGUCUGAUCUGCAGAUCUUGGUGCCCUAAUUUUCCGCUGCCGCAACGGUCUCCUCUUUCCCUUGCCGUCAUUUUGACUGGUGGAGUUUUAUUUCUGAAUCAAAAAGCAGUCGAAUUUAGCGAGUGUCGUAUAAGUGAAGUGCGUUACUACUGUUGCAAAAAAACUUCUCAGGUCGAAUUGAAACUCUUUAGUGAGUGAGAGAGAUGCUGACAUGCAUAGCUUGUUCGAACACCAACAAUGGUGGAUCUAAGAAACAAGAAGAUGAUGAAGAAGACGACAGAGUUAUCGGAACUCCUAGGUCUAAGCAGGCGAUUAAGUCCCUGACGUCACAGAUUAAAGACAUGGCAGUGAAAGCAUCAGGUGCUUACAAAAGCUGCAAACCGUGUUCUGGGUCGUCAAACCAGAAUAAGAACCGAAACUACGCUGAUUCGGAUGCUGCUUCGAAUUCUGGGAGGUUUCGUUAUGCGUACAAGAGAGCGGGGAGUGGUAGCUCAACACCGAAAAUUUUGGGGAAGGAAAUGGAGUCAAGGUUGAAAGGGUUUUUGAGUGGAGAAGGAACACCUGAAUCCAUGAGUGGUAGGACAGAGUCCACAGUGUUCAUGGAGGAAGAAGAUGAGCUCAAGGAAUGGGUUGCUCAAGUGGAGCCUGGUGUCCUCAUCACAUUUGUAUCAUUGCCUGAGGGAGGGAAUGAUAUGAAGCGGAUUCGUUUCAGCCGUGAAAUGUUCGAUAAAUGGCAAGCUCAAAAGUGGUGGGCGGAGAAUUUCGACAAGGUCAUGGAAUUAUACAAUGUACAGCAGUUCAAUCAGCAGAGCGUCCCACUUCCAACUCCUCCUAGAUCUGAAGAUGGGAGCUCGCGAAUUCAGUCUACCAAGAACGGUCCUGCAACUCCACCCCUGAACAAAGAAGGCCCUCGAGGAAAAGGCUACGCUUCUUCUGGCUCAAUCGCUCACCAAGCAACAACCCAAACACAAAGUCGACACCAAGAUUCAUCUGGUCUUGCUACAACGCCAAAACUCUCAAGCAUAAGUGGAACCAAAACCGAGACAUCAUCUGUUGAUGAGUCUGCAAGAAGUAGCUUCUCGAGGGAAGAAGAAGAAGAAGCAGAUCAUUCAGGGGAGCUCUCUGUAAGUAAUGCAAGUGACAUUGAAACAGAAUGGGUGGAACAGGACGAAGCCGGUGUUUACAUCACAAUCAGAGCUUUACCAGAUGGGACUCGCGAGCUUAGGCGUGUUCGCUUCAGCCGAGAGAAGUUUGGGGCAAGAUUGUGGUGGGAGCAGAACAGAGCUCGGAUACAACAACAAUACUUGUGAUGGCCGAUGAUGGUUGAAUGCUCUCUAGAGGAAUCGGACACACCAAAACAAAACACCUUUUUUUUUUUUUUUUAUAUAUAUAUAUAUAUGUUUUUACUUGGAGAAAAGCUACAGAGUGAUGGAAAUAACAUCGGCUUCAGAUAAUGCAUGCAUGUGCUUUUGGUUGGUGGUUGUUAGUUGAUCUCUUUUCUCUUCUUUCCCAUUUACAUCUAUAAAGAGGUAUUAGUUUUACUCUUUCA